AUGAAUCCAGUAGUUUACGCCGUGUUAUUCAGCUUGUUGGCUGGAAUAGCCGUGGCCGAUAAGUCCGACUAUUGCCUGAGUGAGAUCGUCAAGUCGGACGCGAGAAUCCAAUCGCACGGAUACCCGACGGAGACCCACCAGGUGACCACCAGUGACGGCUAUGUCCUCACCCUGUUCCGCAUUCCCUACUCCCACAAGCUGAAGAACCAGAACGAGAAGCGCCCGCCGAUUCUCCUGCAGCACGGAUUGUUCAGCAACUCCGACUGUUGGCUCUCCUCCGGUCCGGAUAACUCGUUGGCCUAUCUUUUGGCCGAUGCCGGAUACGAUGUCUGGCUGGGAAACGCCCGUGGUAACAUCUACUCCAGGGAGAACAACGUCAUCUCGCUGAACAGCCACAAGUUCUGGCACUUUGACUGGCAUGAGAUCGGCACCAUCGACAUUCCCGCCAUGAUCGACUAUAUCCUGGAUAUUACUGGCUACGAUAGCAUUCACUAUUGCGGACACUCCCAGGGAACCACUGUCUACUUGGUGAUGCUCUCCGAGCGACCCGAAUAUAACCAGAAGAUAAAAUCCGGUCAUAUGUUGGCCCCGUGCGCCUAUUUCGAGCACGGAUCAUCGUUUAUUUUCAAGGCUCUGGGUCCUUUGGUUGGCACGCCUGGCGGAAUCUGGAACCAGCUGCUCGUCGACACCGAACUGAUCCCGCACAACAACCUGGUCAACCGAGUGGUGGACAACAGCUGUCACCUUUCGAACUCAAUUUGCAACAAUGCGUUCAUCAUGUUCGCCAACGGGGGUUACGUGAAUGCCAAUGCGAGCUCCAUGAGUGUGCUGAUUGAGACCCAUCCGGGUGGAUCCUCCAGCAACCAGGGCAUUCACUUCCUGCAAUUGUGGCAGUCGCACGAGUUCCGCCAGUACGACUGGGGAACCAAGAAGAACAACGAGAUCUACGGCCAGGAUCUUCCCCCGGACUACGAUCUGAGUUUGAUCACCGCUCCCACUCACUUGUACUCCAGCAACAACGAUGCCCUUUGUGGACCCGAAGAUGUCAACACUUUGGUGAAGAAUUUCGUCCACCUGACGGAGGACUAUCGUGUGCCCGUGCAGAGUUUCAACCACUUGGACUUCAUUAUCGCAAGGAACAUGAAGGAACUGGUCAACGAUCCCAUCAUCGAACGCAUUAACUCCUACGAAGGUCGCUAGGGGAAAAACCUAAUAAAAAAAACACGGAAUGCACUCAGUUGGACGGUCAUAUUUUCUGGAUAGCAUCAGGCUUAUUAACUUGUAUUUAUGAGGGCUUUUUUAUCAAAAAAAAAAAAAAGUAAUGAGUUGUAUUGUUCUUAACUUUAAGUAGCCCCACUGCUGGUCAGAAUCAUAUUUUUGGAAAUAUACACAUCAGUUUUAUGGUCUAGGUUAAUAAUUUUAAAAAUAACCUUCAACUUUCCUUCAGUUUUAUUUAUAAAUUCGCAGAGGAAAAAAACCGAAAUAAGUGCAGUACUUUUGGAAAUCAUCUUAUCUGAGAAUGUCGUAUUUGGACAACCAAAUGUGCAUGUGUCAAUAAAAAAGUUAAUAAAAGGGUGGUAA